AGUAUUUUGAACGGACAGGAGGGCAGGGAGGCUGCAGCUGCGGGGGCCAGAGAGCAGGACACUGCAGUGGGGGACAGGCAGUGACAGAAUGGAAGGACUCAUUCACUCUCCUCCACAGGUGCUGGGCUGUGUGUGGAAGUGACAGUGCCACAGGACCCCGUGAUGCAGGAACGAGGCUCCAGUGUGGAACUUCCCUGCCACUAUAAAACCUCGGUUGACAAAAAUUUCAUGCUGGAGUGGAAGUUUGCGCCAGCCUCUGUAGCACCUGAGCAGAGCAAGCAGAUCCUCUACUUCACUAAUGACAAGUUGUACAAGCCCGGCUCUCAGGCCGAACGGCUCAGCCUCCUGCACGACCCUCCUACCAUGGGGGAUGCGACUCUUCAGCUAGCCAACAUCCGCGCCUCGGACAACGGCACGUACAUCUGUGUGGUGAACAACCCCCCAGACUUCUAUGGCAGCGGCUCAGGGCUCAUCCACUUCACUGUGCUGAUGCCUCCAUCUACUCCUGUUUGUAAAGGGACAGAAUAUGCCCGGAUUGGGGGCGACGCCACACUGACCUGCAGCUCUGUGGAGGGGGUGCCUGCCCCGAUUUACGCCUGGUCACGGGUGGACUCCAAGACCUCGUUGCCAUUGGCCAAUAUGGUGCAAGAUGACCAAACAGGGAAGCUGCAGCUGACAAACCUCUCGCUGGCAUUCUCAGGGACCUACCAGUGCGUGGCCUCCAACCAGUUCGGCCACGCCAGCUGCCAAGUGACAGUUAACGUGUCAGGCACUGCAGAAGCUGGAGCGACCGCAGGAGCUGUGAUAGGAGUGCUGCUGGUGCUCUUGCUGCUCGGGGCAGCUGCCAUCUAUCUGUUCUGGUACAGAAAGAAGGACAAGAAGGAGUCUCAAGCCACGUACACCGGGAAUGAUAUAAGGGAGGAUGCCACUGCCCCGGGGAUCUCAGACACCUCGUUGCAGAGACAAGACAGCGACCCUGGGAGCCGUUUCCUGGAGCAGCCAGUGUCAAGGCCAGAGUCCGCCAGCACCACCAAGUCCAGACUCAACAUGAUUGUGUGAGCGGGGGGCAGCGCUGGCUCCUGUUCAGCUCAAAAAGCUCAGCUGGAUUUUGAUAAGUGACUUGGGUUUUUUUGUUUUUUUUUUUUUUAAAUAAUGAAGGUUUUUACUGUCUCCUAUUUACUGCCUGGGGGGACCUUGCAGGGACCCAUCGAACAGCCUAGUAAACACUUUCUCUGUUAUACACUUCACCUGGGUUGGGAUGUAUCAGUUAGUAUUUCUACAUAACCACUGAGUGUGCAAAUCAAUGUAGCCUGAUUGGCUAACAAUCUCUCUAGGUCAGCCAAUCAGAGGACAGAGGUUUUGUAUGUUUAUUUCACAGUAACCCUGU